GGACAGACAGUCAAAGGAAAUCAGAUAAAAAACUACUUGGUGAAAUGACUUCUUGUCACAUUGCUGAAGAACCUAUAAAAAAGGUUGCUAUCUUUGGAGGAACCCAUGGGAAUGAGCUAACUGGAGUAUUUCUGGUUAAGCAUUGGCUAGAGAAUGGCGCUGAGAUUCAGAGAACAGGGCUGGAGGUAAAACCAUUUAUCACUAACCCCAGAGCAGUGAAGAAAUGUACCAGAUAUAUUGACUGUGACCUGAAUCGCAUUUUUGACCUUGAAAAUCUUGGCAAAAAAAUGUCAGAAGAUUUGCCAUAUGAAGUGAGAAGGGCUCAAGAAAUAUAUCAUUUAUUUGGUCCAAAAGAUGGUGAAGAUUCCUAUGACAUUAUUUUUGACCUUCACAACACCACUUCUAACAUGGGGUGCACUCUUAUUCUUGAAGAUUCCAGGAAUAACUUUUUAAUUCAGAUGUUUCAUUAUAUUAAGACUUCUUUGGCUCCACUCCCCUGCUAUGUUUACCUUAUUGAGCAUCCUUCCCUCAAAUACGCAACCACCCGUUCUAUAGCCAAGUAUCCUGUGGGUAUAGAAGUUGGUCCUCAGCCUCAAGGGGUUCUGAGAGCUGAUAUCUUGGAUCAAAUGAGAAAAAUGAUUAAACAUGCUCUCGAUUUUAUACAUCAUUUCAAUGAAGGAAAAGAAUUUCCUCCCUGUGCCAUUGAGGUCUACAAAAUUAUAGAGAAAGUUGAUUAUCCCAGGGAUGAAAAUGGAGAAAUUGCUGCUGUCAUCCAUCCCAAUCUGCAGGAUCAAGACUGGAAACCACUGCAUCCUGGGGAUCCCAUGUUUUUAACUCUCGAUGGGAAGACGAUGCCAUUGGGCGGAGACUGUAUCGUGUACCCCGUGUUUGUGAACGAGGCUGCAUAUUACGAAAAGAAAGAAGCCUUUGCAAAGACAACUAAACUAAUGCUCAAUGCAAAAAGUAUUCGCUGCUCUGUACAUUAGAAAUCACUUCUAGCUCACAUCUUACACAGUGUCUUACAAAUUCUGCUAGUUUGUAAGCUCCUCAAGAGCAGGGUUGUGCCUUAUUCAACUGCAUUCAUAGCUCCUAGCACAGUGCCUUAUUCGGUAGGCAUCCAAGCAAAUUUCUUAAAUUAAUUAAUAUAUCUUAAAGGUACCAUAUUUUAUGUAUGUAGCUUAUUCAAAGAAGUGUUUCCUAUUUCUGUAGAGUUUAUUAUACAUUAUACUUGGGUAGCUCAACAUUCUUAAUCAACAGCCUUUGUAUUCAGAAUAUAAAAUUGAAAUAGAUAUAUAUAUAAAGUUAUUUUAUUGUGCUUUGCUUUAUUGCACUUCACAGAUAACUGUAUUUUUUUUUUUACAAAUUGAAGGUUUUGGGCAACCCUGUGUCUAGAAAGUCUAACAGUGCCAUGUUUCCAACAGCAUGUACUCACUCCUUGUCUCCUUGAUAAUAGCUUGAUAUUUCAAGCUUUUUUUAUGAUUUCUUAUAUCUGCUAUGGUGAUCUGUGAUCGGUGGCCUUUGAUGUUACUGUUGUUAAGUGUUUUGGGGGCACCAUGAAUUGUGCCCAUGUGAGACUGUGAACUUAGUGAAGGUUGUGUGUGUUCUAACUGCUCUACUGACCGGCCAUUUCCUUGUCUCUCUCCCUGUCCUCCGGCCUCCCUAUUCCUUAAGACACAAUAAUUAAUAACUCUACAACAGCCUCUAUGUGUUCAAGUAAAAGAAAGGGUCAUACUUGUAAAAAUUAAGCUUAGUGAGGAAGGCAUGUCAAAAGCUAAGACAGGCGGAAAGCUAGGCCUCUUGCACCAGUUAGCCAAGUUGUGAAUUCAAAGAAAAAGAUCUUGAAGAAAAUUAAAAAUUCUACUCCACUGCACACACACAAAUGAUAAGAAAGCAAAACAACCUUAUUGCUGAUGUGGAGACAGUUUUAGUGGCCUGGAUAGAAGAUCAAACCAGCCACAACUUUAAACCAAAGCAUGACCCAGAGCAAGGCCCUAACUCUCUUCAAUUCUGUGAAGGCUGAGAGAGGUGAGGAAGCUGCAGGAAGCUGGCAGAGGUUGGUUCACCAGGUUUAAGGAAAGAAGCCAGCUCCAAAGCCUACAAGUGGAAAGUGAACCAGCAAGUUGCUGAUGUGGAAGCAAGUUAUCCAGAAGAUGUAACUAAAAUCAUUGACAAAGGUAGCCACACUAAACAGAUCUUCAGUGUAGUUCAAACAGCCUUCUAUUGAAAGAAGAUGCUAUCUAGAACUUUCCUAGCUAGAAAAGAGAAAUGAAUGCCUAGCUUCAAAGCUUCAAAGGACAGGCUGACUCUCUUAAGAGCUAAUACAGCUGGUGACUUCCAGUUAAAGCCAAUGCUCAUUAACUGUUUCAAAAACCCUAGAACUCUGUUUUGUUUUUGUUUUUGUUUUGUUUUUUUGAGAUGGAGUCUCGCUCUGUUGCCCAGGCUGGAGUGCAGUGGCGCCAUCUUGGCUCACUGCAAGCUCUGCCUCCUGGGUUCACACCACUCUCCUGCCUCAGCCUCCCGAGUAGCUGGGACUACAGGCGCCUGCCACCAUGCCCAGAUAACUUUUUGUAUUCUUUUAGUAGAGACAGGGUUUCACUGUGUUAACCAGUAUGGUCUCGAUCUCCUGACCUCGUGAUCCGCCCACCUCGGCCUCCCAAAGUGCUGGGAUUACAAGCGUGAGCCACCGCACCUGGCCCAAAAAUCCUAGGACUCUGAAGACUCAUGCUAAACUGCUGUGCCUGAGCUCUAUAAAUGGAAGAACAAAGCACCGCUGGCAGCACAUCUGUUUGUGGCAUGGUUUACUGUAUAUUUUAAGCCCAUUGUUGAGAGCUACUGCUUGGAAAAA